CGCCCAGCCCGUUGCCGGGCAACCGUCACCACCUUCCCAAGAUGCCCCGGUGACCGUCCCCGCUGGGCUCCCGUCCGGGAGUGCCUGUCGCCAUCUUGUGCCUCGGCGGGGCGGGGCCCGGCAGGCCGCCAUGGAGGCAGAUGAUACAGGAAAUCGACUGAGGUUCCAGCUGGAGUUGGAAUUUGUUCAAUGUCUGGCAAACCCCAAUUAUCUCAACUUUCUUGCACAAAGGGGCUACUUCAAAGACAAAGCUUUUGUAAAUUAUCUUAAAUAUUUACUAUACUGGAAAGAACCCGAAUAUGCAAAAUACCUGAAGUAUCCUCAGUGUUUGCAUAUGUUAGAGCUGCUCCAAUAUGAACACUUUCGCAAAGAACUGGUAAAUGCUCAGUGUGCUAAGUUUAUUGAUGAGCAACAGAUUCUUCACUGGCAACACUAUUCACGGAAGAGAAUGCGCCUCCAGCAGGCACUUGCAGAGCAGCAGCAACAAAACAAUACCUCUGUAAAAUGAAAAAUGCUUGGAAGAGUGAUGAUAAGGUGUACUUCAAGUAUUUACAAAAGAGGAAUGAACUGUUUUGUAGGUUUGGCUGUGUGUAUGUAUUUGUCAAAUGAGUUUUUUUCUUUCACCUACUGUACCGACUUUUUAAAGAUAGAAGACUGACAUAUCUACUUCUGCAAUUUAUUUUGAAGCAUGGAAAAUCUUGAAAAUUACUUUAGGUAUUUGUUCCUAUGGAUUUUGUAAACAAAACGUAGUUUUUGAGGGCACUAACAUGUACGUAUCAUAACAAAAAGUGUAGUUCAGCAGUCUCUCCUUAGUAGGCAUGUUCCCUGGAGAACAAUGUGUCUUGAAGUUUGGCUAAGAGCUGCCUCAUGUACCCCUUUCUACAACUGCAGGAAGAGCAAAUCUGAAGUAAUUGUGAUUGCUGCACAAAAUUUAAUUUGUGGAUUUUUGCCUUGAAACAGAGAUGAGUUACUAUUUGUUAUUUCUGUUUACCUGGUAAUCAUUGUUUCUGGGGUUCUUAGAGGGCUUUCCUGGCAGUGUUUUUUAGAGACCAAAAUUGAAGUGUGAAGAAACAAGAGCUGCAAGAUUAGAGCAGAGAUAAGUAAUAAACUUUGUGAAUACCCAAAAAGGAAAUAGGCUGUAGCUGUAUCUAUUCCUCUAAACUCAGCUUACUUUAAUCUUGGUUUUCUUCCAGUGAAAUAUAGGAUGCUCUUAGACUUUUUUCUACAGUAUGUGUACUGAAAACAAUUUGUGUUACAAAAAAGGUGUAAAUGCA